UAAAGUUCAGUGGCACGAUUCUUCGUACCACACAAAACGAAGAAAACUUUUGAGUUUACACGUGCUUUGGGAUCGACUUUUAAUGUUACAAAAUCAACGAUAACUAUUAGAUCGACAAAUUCACAAGAGUGCAAUUCCAACGCCCGACAUGGACGCAUUAUCAUUUAGAAGAGUUGCCGGCGGGAGUGUCAUUGACAAUCCGCCGCUAUUUUCGCAGAACGGAGACAUACUGUUCACGACUAUUACGAGAACUGAUCUCACGAGCAUUAAAACUCGCUUCCAUGCGAAUUCAGUGAGCACCAUUCGCGCUUACAGUACAAAAACUGGGGAAUGUAUUCACGACAUCGAAGUUCUGGCGAAAGUAGUCAGCAUACGAAAUAUGCCUGGCAGUUCGACGACGCUGGUGGGAUGCACAGAGAAUGGUGUCAUUGUUACGUGGGAACAAAGGUCCAGGGCUGUUGACACAAGAGUUGUGAGUGAAAUGUCCUUCCCAGAGGGAAAAGGUACAGUGACAACGUUCAACGUUAUUCCGUUCAAAAACACAUAUGUUGGUGUGGCCACUUGGACGGAUGGUACUUUGGUGCAAAUGGACAUGUUCGAUUUAACUACUGGCGAAUGUCAUAAAUCGACAAUUCUACAGUUGGAGGAGGGUGAACACAAGGUAGCGGUGUCUGGAAAUAAUCACAACAUCGUUGCAGCCAUCCAGAAUCAUAAAUUGUUUGUGACUAGCAUUAAUAGCCGAACCGGAAAAAACAAGUCGUCAUCCUUUACCAACGCCGGCAAACAAUGUUUUACAGCCAUUGCAUGUCAUCCAGUCGAGGAAACUGUGGCUGCGGGCGAUGUGACUGGCAAAAUUUUUAUCUACCACGCACUGUUUAACAGAAUGAAAAGUCCAGUCACAACGCUCUACCAUUGGCAUCACAAUCUGGUGGAAACGAUUGCAUUCACUUCGUCGGGAAGUUUAUUCUAUUCAGGAGGUUCGGAAAGGGUCCUGGUUGGAUGGAGUUACAAUGACGAUGGAAAAAAUGUACUACCUCGGCUCAAUGGUACAAUUGUUCACAUAGCCGUCAGUUCAGACAAUCAACAGAUCGCAGUAUCGACCGAUGACAAUGGAAUCAUCGUCGUCAGCCCACAGUUCAAUCCCGUUACAGUCAUACAAAAUUUUGUGAGGGUCGCUGAUGACGGCACUCCAUGGCCACAGUUUCCAUUUGGUCUGAAACUGGAUCCACGCACCGGAUAUAUUGUUCUGAAUGGUCGGAUCGGUCAGGUGCAGUUCUAUUCUCCACACGAUCGAACAUUCUUCAACCUGGACGUGACCAUGGAGAAUCGUUUGUCAUUGGAAAGUGAUAAAAUCCUCUACAACACACGCAUAACACAUUUGGCAUGUAAUGUGGAUUGGCUGGUCACGGCCGAAUGUUUUGACGAUUUGGCACAUUUCCCGGAAGUUCGGCUGAAAUUUUGGCUGUUUGAUGUCACAAGAAAGACCUACGUGCUGAGUACACAAAUCGAAACACCACAUGAGGGCGGUGUAACUGCUCUGGAAUUCUCGAGUUCUCACCGGGUUGAAAAGUUGCUGUGUGCAAGCAGUGGCCUAGACGGAAAAGUGAAAAUUUGGUCGUUGGAGGAGAGUGAAGUCUACAGUGAAUCACCGGACUCGGAAAGCGGUAACAACGCGACCACAACGAGGAAGUAUUGGGUAUGCCGUGAACAGACCAGCUACAAAAACUUACCAGCCAAUGCCUUAGCAUUCAUGUCCGAUGGGUCAACAUUAGCCGUUGGCUUCGGAAACACUUUAUGUAUUUACAUUCCGGAAACGCUUCGCAUUAGAGCUGUCUUGAGUGCACCGGGUGGUCAGGACGGCUCAACCAACAAACUGAUUGUAAGCAUGCCAAAGUCAUUGGGUAAUUCGAAAAUGACGAAGAAACAACAGGAGUUGGCUCAGAAGCAUGAAAAACUCGUUAGGAGUUUCCUGGAAAAUGACGACGAUCAGCUGAUAAACGACCUGGUAAAGGAAGCUGAAAAGGCACCGCGAGAAAGUCAGAAUAAUCGAUUGGAUCCCGACGGAACGGGAAUUGUAGACAAGAAGCUUUUCGAAAAAAUUCACGCGCUAAAUGAAUUGAACUAUUUCCAAAAACUGGAACUAUUCCAAAAGAUGGGCGUUCACAUCAAACUGCCGGCCGACUUAGAAUUUGACUUUAAUUCGUACGUCAUAGGCACGAUGUAUGCGGCGGAGAAGGAAACAUAUUUAGCGAAUUCCGUUGAGCGACUUCAUCCGAAUAAGAAAUUCAUCGGUCAGUGGAUGCUGCACAACUAUUUAACGAGACGAAGCGAAGCGGCGUUCAAUGGUUUACAUUUGAAAAAUGUCACCUUCAGCGAAGAGGCAAAUGAUAGCCACACCACUAAUGGAAUCGAAUCAAUGGAUAUUGAAUGUGACCAACCACGGUCGGAAUCGGCUAAUCCGAUUAGGAAGGUAGCCAAAAUCAAGCUGGUUGUGUUUGCGACUGGUGACUCUAGCCACUUGGUGAUUGUUUGCACCGAAAACCGUUUGCUCAUUUGGAAUACGAUAACGUUACGUCUUCAAUCAUCUUGGAAAAUAAGUGUUCGUCUCGCGGUUGUUGAUCCGUGCACAAGCCUUGUAGCCGUUAACACAAUAUUCGAUGAGUUGUACGUUCUGAAUCCGAGUAAACAAUACGACCUGUACAAACGGAAAAACUUGCCAAAACUCUCAGGCAUGGUAUGGUUGCCCAGACGGGAACCGAGAAAAUCAUCAUUGGACGUAGACUGGCAAUCGGUCUCUCAAUUGUUCCUGUUUACUAGAACUCAGGAGAUGUUGUACCUGGUUCCUGACAACGAUGAAGAUUUGUUCGCUGACAGGGGCACCACUUUGAAGGAGGUGGACCAAUUAGAGUCUCAGACACAUUUCGGCGCAAUGUUUGCGAGACAGGUCACUAACAAUUCUGCUGCUCUGGCUGGUCAACGGAACAUUGCCGGUGGACUGGUAGGAGAACCUACAACAAUGGGUGUCAAAGCGAUAACCAAUCUUCAAACGCACACAAUGGCACCGGUGCAUCUUCUGUCUUACGGCUUCCUAACAUCAAUGCUUACGAAACAAGCCGCCCCAUCGAGGAACCCAUCCAGAGCCCAAAAUGGAGACAACGACGUCGACAUGGUUGUUGAUUCGGAGACGGAAGAAAAUAUGGAAUUAAACAGAACAAGUUCCGAACGACUACGGGACAAUAUGGUAAACGGAUCGGCCGAAGAAGAUACGGAGAACAGGAACGCAGAAUUUAACAGAUUGUCCAACGAGCAGCCUAGAAAUAGUUUCACAUUUAUGUCGUCGAGUGAGUAGGAGUUAGGAGUGAUGGUUCAGUGGAUGCGUCAUUCAAUUAUAAUUGUUUUCAAAUGAAA